UAUGUCAUCUCUAAAAAGAUCUCCUAUUGGAUGUCCACUGUGUUUUAAGACUCGUCGCGAAGAAGCGACACGGUUGUUUAGUCGGCGAAUUACAGACGACAUUAAUAAUAAAGUUAUGCGUAAGCCCAGGAAAUUACAUAAACUAAUUAAACGAAGGGAACGCACAUUGAACGUAUGUCUCCCUCACACGAUAAAGGACAAGAAAGAAGUCGAAGAUUUGUUUGUUGGUGAUUUUCAUGUAAAACUACCACGGCAGACCAGUAGAUCCUGUCAUGUCGUGUUCAGCAGUAUGGAGGAAAAAGUUAAGAAUCAGAAGCUUGUAAAAAACAAAACAAUCAAUGGCAAAUGCAUUAGAGUUCAACCGUUACAUGACAUUGUAAUUGCUGAAAGAAACAAAGUGAAAAAGAAGAACAAAAAAAUCUUUAUACCAGAAAUCAUACCCGAUAUUAAAAUAACACAAACGAUAUUUGUUGCAAAUAUAAUAAUUGGUACAAAAGCAGAUGAAAUAAAAGGUACCUUACCUGGAUGUAUCUCUGUUACUUUAUUGAAACCUUACAACAAUAAGUUUAGAGGUGCAAUAAUUAAGAUGGAGAACAUCCAGAUAGCAGCAGAAUAUUUGAAGAAAAAGCAUAAAUGGCCAAUUAUAAAAGGGCACAAAGUAUUUUUAAAACCAGAUACCAGAACGAAGCACAAGAAGAAAGCAUCUACUGGCAGUAUAAAAAUUUAUGAUGAUGCAAUGGAAGUAUCUAUCAAGGAAGAAUGUGAAUCUGAUGAAGAACAUAAGAAUUCAGAUUGUAGAGAGAGUAAUGACGAGAGUAGUUAGAAAAAGAUGCAGAAGAAAUACAAUAUCUCAAUGACUGAGAUUAUACUGCAUCCUAAGAACAAGCCAUAAAUGCCGCCUAAAGAUGCUGUUGAACCGAUUUAUUAGUUAAUUUACAUAAGUAAAUCUAUCGCUCUCUAUAUUGUAUUACCACUUACACAAGAGAUGUAUGUUCGAC